AAGUGUUUCGUGUGUUGUCUUGCCUUGUCCUCCUGACGGCCAAGGGAGACAAGACCAACAGCCGAGAUGAAGACGGAUGGGACGAAACGUCCCAAGGGGGGCGGCGGCGGCGGCGGCGGCGGUCCGACGAGGUGAAAGGCAGACGAGGCGGAAUCAAAGUUUGUGCGUGCUGCGUUUCUCCGAGCACCCACCCCCCCAGGACGGAGCCGCUUCCAAGGGGAAAGCCCACGUCAUCGCCGAUAAGCUCCGGAGCCGCACAGGAUGCCUUGUCUACAUACAACGACAGGUUCGGGAUGCGGGAGAUAUCUGCGCUGACGGGGAACAUUGGACAAAGAAGCCCGCCCAGGCGGCGGCCGAGUCUGCUGCGGGGGGCCACACGGCGCUUCUCGUCGGGGGUGUUGUGCCGAAAGCCCGGCGUCCUAUGGGGGGACAUGGGGCCGCCGCCGCCGCCGCCGCCAACCCGGAGAGAAGGGAGGCACGGGCAAGCGGCCCAACUCGAACGGUGUUGGGCGCUGACGCCUCGGACCGAAGUGCUACCGCCCGGGUGGGGACUUUAUAA